AGAGGUGAGGGGAAAUUUCCUAGUCUAACUAGAAUAGUGGGUGGCACCGGCCCUGAUUGCUUUCAUUUCGUAGCUGGAAGCGUGGCACAUUCGUGACUUUUUGGUAAGCAGAAGAGUCAGAGUGAUCCUCUACAGGAGUUUUCCCUUACCAUAAUAGUCAGGGAACUAGGAAGAGGAGUACGCCCAGAACUAUCAGGAUAAGGCCGAAUCCCCCUAAGGUUUAGAAUAGCGAUCCUGUAGCUAAGGAAGCCUUGAGGAGGAAGAUGUCGCCGAUAUUGAAUUCCUUCCCCUAAGGCUAAGGCUGUCACUGAAUGAAUCUGGUAACUAAUGCCGCCAGAGAGGCUGAGGUGAGUACCCCCGCAUCGCCUCAUUCUAGGGAGUUGGUUACAAUCUCCAAAGAAGAGCUUGAGAGUAUCCGGCGUCUAAUGGCUCAGCUUGAGGGUCCUACCACUACCUCCACCUCCACAUUUGCUCACUCAGGUACCUCUGCAUCAGCCUACAAUGCCUCUCUCACUUCCUUCAGCCCAUCCUGGAUCAUUGAUUCAGGAGCUACUGAUCAUAUGACUGAAUCUGUUCUUCAUGUUCCUAACUUUGCUACUAACCUUCUUUCUAUCAGUAGUAUCACUAAAAGCAUGAACUGUAGUGUCACUUUUUUCCCUACUCAUUGUGUCUUUCAGGACUUGGAGACGAGGAGGAUGAUUGGCAGUGGUCGUGAGGAUGGUGGUCUCUACCUUCUGGAUAUGUCGGCCCCCUCAGUUGGAAGGAAGAAGGGAAGCUUUCAAGAUUUCACCAGGUCCAGUUCUUGUUGUUGGACUAGAAGCGGCUAAUUAAUCCGCAUCUGUUGGGGGAAGGACUGCUAUUGCAUCUUUUAUCGGACGGACUACUUCUGUAGAUUGAGAGAUGGAAAUGCCUAAUCAAAUAGCCAAGAAUCAUCGAUUUCGGAGGGAAAGAACCCAGCUCCAGGGAAAGACUUUUGAGUGCCUUUCUAUCUUUGUGUAAUAUGUUAGGUAAUAAGGCUAGGACAAGGUU